AUGCAACAAAGCCAACAACAUUUAGGAUAUAAUGAAAUAAUGAUUGCCUCCAAGUAUUUUGAUGAUAUUAAAGACUUUAUUAAUUUAGAAAUUGGAGUUAAAAGAUUUCAAGGGAAUAUGGAAAGAUUUCACUUUAAUCCAAUUCCUUUAAAUGAACAUUCAAGAAAGUUGUUUCCAAAUAUUGAAACACUUAAUAUCUACGAUAGAAAAGAUAAAAUAUAUAAAGAUGGAAAAAUAUUUAAACAAUUAAUAUGGUAUCCUGUUAGUUAUGAUGAAUUUUUAAAACAAAAAGAAUCAGGAAAUGAAUAUAAAAAUGUUUUCAUUAACAAAAAUGAUAAAAAUUUUAAUUUAAAUAAUGUUCAAGACCCAAUCAAUGGAUUAGGAGAUAACUUUUAUAGUGACUCAUCUGACAUUACAGAAAUUAACCUCCCACCAAAAAUUAAAAGAAUUGGAAAAAGUUGUUUUUCUCAUUGUUCACAAUUAAAGAAAGUUGUUAUCCCACCAACAAUUUCAGUAAUAAGUGAUUCAUGUUUUUGUCAUUGUGACCAAGUUACAGAAUUUAUAAUUUCAGAUUCUGUACAAGAACUUGAAGACUUUUGUUUUGCAGAAUGUAGUUCUAUAAAUACUAUUACUAUUCCAUUGUCUAUAAUUAAAAUUGGAAGUCGUUGUUUUGAACGAUGUAAUUCAUUAACUAAUUUAAAUAUUCCAGGAUAUCAUUUUACUAUUGGAAAUAGAAUUUAUUUUAAUAAUGCUCCUCUUAUUAAUAUGGUUAUUCCUUCUUCUGUUAAAACAAUUAAUGAACGUCCUAUUGAAAGAAUUUCUGAAAGUCAAAAAAUUGUUAUUCCUAAUUCUGUUUUUUCUGUUAGUGAUUUAGUUCUUAUUGACGUAGAUGUUAAACUUAUUUCUUCUGCUAACACUAAUCCUUAUAUUAGAAAAACAAUUAUGGAUAAAAUCCAACAAGAUGCUAAACAAAGAGAAAAUAUUUAUGAGAAGUUCAGUAGUAUCUUUUAA